AUGGCUAGUCCACUACAGGGAGAAUCAUUCGGGCAGAAGAGGCCUCCGCUUUACCAGAUGAUUAAAAAUAUUCUGAGAGAGUAUCCCAGCGGACAAGUAUUCAAGGAAGUCAUUCAAAAUGCUGAUGAUGCUGGAGCUACUGAGGUCAAAUUCUUCCUGGACUGCCAAACAUGUUGAACUAUCUCGGUUUUAUGGUCCAGCCUAAUGUCUUUUAAUAAUGCACCUUUUAAGAAAGAAGACUGGGAUAGUAUACAAAGUCUACACCAGAGUGGUAAAGCUAAGAAUCCACACAAAGUAGGAAAGUUUGGAAUUGGAUUCAACUCUGUCUAUCACAUUACUGGUAAAUUUCCACUUCGUAACAAACCAUCAAAGCUUUCCAAAGAACUCUAUACUAUAUCAAAGCUUAGUGUGUUACUAGAAUCUCUUAAAGCUGAAGCAAAAUAUAUUUUACUUUUUCUUCGAUCAGUUUAUAAACUUGCUGUUCUUGACUACUGCCUCAGUGACCACAAGUAUAAUGACCUUUCUGGUCUUAAACUACUUCCAUUGCUCAAUGGAGACUUUGUACAGUUUACACAAACCAGUUAUUACUCAUAUGCAUAUUGUGACAAGAAGACCUUUGAUGAUAUAGAGAAUUGGGUAUGGAUGGAGAGUGAAUCCACAUUUAUCAGCUCUAGUAUGGUAGCUAUUAGAAGUAAUCCUACCUUCAGGCAAAAUCUAGAGCCUUUUGUAUUCACUUUAUCAAACAGAUUGCAAAAAUUUAAUGAACUCUUUUCUAAAUGUGGAAUUCAUCCACAAAUUACUACAAAUCAUAUACUUUCUAGGAUGUAUUUUGAAGAUGCUGGUCAACAUGAACCUCUUAUCACUCGUCUUAGUAAUAUCUUGAAGGAAUACAAAGAUGGUCUGACUAUUAUUAAAGAAAUGAUCCAAAAUGCUGAUGAUGCUGAAGCCACAGAAGUCAACAUUCUCUAUGAUGCUCGUCACCACAUGACAAAGAGGCUCUUAUUUGAUGGAAUGGCUGAUAGUCAUGGUCCAGCUUUAGUAGUUCAUAAUAAUAGUACUUUUACAAAUGAAGAUUUCGAAAACAUUAAAUUAGCUGGUGCUACAAAAGCUAACAACCAUUAAAGAUUGGUAAAUUUUGGUGUUGGUUUUUGUUCAGUAUAUCACAUCACUGAUGUCCCUUCAUUUGUGAGUGGAGAGUGGCUUUAUAUAUUUGACCCUACUCUCCAGUAUCUUAAAGGCAUAGUUCGUAAUGAGAACAGACCAGGUAAGAAGGUGAAGUACCUAUCAAAUUGUAAACAGAUAAAAGGGUCUGUAUUUUGUUUUCUUCCAUUAGCAGUACCUAGUACAGGACUACCUGUACAUGUAAGUGCUAACUUUGCUGUUAUGAGUAACAGACGUGGUAUCUGGACUACACCUGGAGAGGUAACACAACUUGAUGAAAUCAUUCUUGUUGAUGACCAUUAUAUACUAAGACCAGUUAAAGAACUAUCAUUCAAUGAUGCACCUUGGCUUCCCGCUCCUAAAGACUGUAACUAUGUCCAUUCUAAGUUAAUAAGAGAAAAAGCUCUUGCUUUUGGUGUAAAACCCAUAAGAAACAAAUUUCUUGAAAAGUUUGUUUCUCCACUGUCACAACAAUUUGGAGGCUCAGAAUUUGGUCAAAGAGAAGAGCUUACUCAAAGAAUCAAGAAUAUUCUACAUGAUUAUCCACUAGGUCACUUUUUUAAAGAAUUAUUACAAAAUGCUGAUGAUGCUAAGGCUACAAAAAUGUGUGUCAUACUUGACAAGAGAACACAUGGGAAAGACAAAAUACUUUCUCCAGAAUGGGCAGAGCUCCAAGGUCCUGCACUAUUAGUCUGGAAUGAUAAAGACUUCAAUGAUAAAGAUCUAGAGGGUAUACAAAAAUUAGGUCUUGGGUCAAAACGAGAUGACACAGAAUCUAUUGGUCAGUUUGGUAUUGUUUUUAAUGUGGUAUAUCAUGUAACAGAUUGUCCUAGUUUGAUCACACGAGGUAAUAUCCUCUGUGUGUUUGAUCCUCAUUGUCGCUAUGUUCCUGGAGCUAAUCCAUUACAUCCUGGACGACAAUAUGAUAAUCUUGAUAGUAAGUUUUGGACUAAUAUGUCUGAUCUUCAAAUAUUUUGUUUUCUUCCUUUACCAAUUGAGUCUAAUCUUCCAGUUCAUAUUAAUGGUCAGUUUGUUCUUGGCACUAACCGACGUUCUCUCUGGAAUAGUGAUAAUGAAGACAAUUAUGAUAAAGUGUUGGCUAUUUUAUACAUGAAACAUUCUCAAGAUAGUGUUCUCACUAAAAUCAACCUGUCUACUUCUGAUAUAGAUACUCUUAUGAAAUAUUUGAGUAGAACUAACUUUAGACACAACUCAACUAUAAUGAACCAAAUCAAAUCUUUGCCAAUUUUUAAAAAUGUCAAUGGAGAGCUAAUAACUACACUUCUUGCAGUACAGAGAAAAGAAGACCUUCAGUCAUUAGCUGUAGGUGUUGAAGACUUGGAUUUUGAUGAUGAUGACACUGAUGAUGACUAUGUUCCUGGAAUUGGUCGGCCAAUUCCACCUCAACUUAUUGUAAUGUUGGACAGUGAUAUAAAUCAUAUAUAUCGUCCACAAGAAUUCAUUGGGUAUGAAGUGGAAGAGAAUUAUUUUGUAUGGGCUAUAGUUUUGUAUCCUGUGCAAUCAUCACAAUUUGAUGACCCAAUAAUGAAGAAAUAUGUCAUUGCUUACAAUCAGCAGGAUGAAGAAGGUAAAGUGGUAUCUGCUUUAGAUAUUUACAAGUUUGUAGAUAAAGAUAUUGAAGUUGAAGGAGAAGGAACUGAGUUAGUUCCAAUCAAUAGUGCUACUGCUGCCCUACAACAGGCUAAGGACAGCAAAAGAUUAAGAGACCUGAAACGAAAAAUUUGUAAAGAAUUGCUGUUAAUAUGGAAGUUGCCAACAGAAGAAGAGAAGAAGAAAGCAAUACGAAGAAUGUACAUUAAAUACCAUCCAGACAAGGUUAAUCCAACUGAUAAGGAUCUCUUUGAAGAGGUAUUUAAGUUUAUGCUCAGGCAAAUUGACCGAUUGGAGGCAGGACUACCAUUAGAAGAACCUGAUGAUGAAAUAUCUCCUGAUGAUGAGCCUUUCUAUGAACAGUCUA